AUGAGACAUCAUCCGGUUCUACUGUGUCUCCUGGUGAUUCUCCUCGCUGGGCAUGGACUCCUCGGUCCAGCACCCAAGGGUCACCCCAAAAUAAACAAGACCAAGUCGGUCGAGAAGGCUCUCAUUCGUAUGUUAAUUGAGCGGUAUCGCCGUUACGGAGUGAUUGGACGGCCUGUGAGUGACAGCAAGACAGUCCUCAAGGUCAGGUAUGGGCUGCAGCUCAUUCAAAUCCUCGAUUUGGAUGAAAACAAGCAAAUUCUGCAUACAAACUGCUGGUCUAUGUAUAAAUGGAACGAUUCACUUCUUCAGUGGAACCCGGCUGAACAUGGAAAUGUCACGGAAGUUCGAAUCUUUCCUUCGCAAGUCUGGACUCCGGACAUUCAGCUCUUUAACUUUGCCGACGAACGUAUUCAGGAGCACCGAAUUGCCCGAGUCGUCGUUCACAGCGACGGCAGCAUUCUCUGGGUUCCACAAGCUCUCUUUAAAAGCACCUGCCAGGUUGAAAUCACCUACUUUCCUUUCGACACUCAGAUAUGCACAUUAGAGUUUGGUUCGUGGACAUAUGAUCGGACGCAGUUGGAGUUGGACUGGUGGGUCAGUUCGUCGUCACCCAUCCCGAUGGCCUACGUGGACUUUGUGGACUACGUGCCCAGUAACGAGUGGAGGACCGACGGCGAGGAGGAGAAAGACAUUGUGCACACCAACCGCACCAAACAGCUGAAGGUGAGUCAAAAUUGGAUCUCACAGACCCAAUUACCCUUAGACUUCGUGCUAGAGGAGUCGGUAAAGGCCCAAACUCAAUUCGAAAUAAAGGCAUACAAGAGGUAUCAGGAGAGGAACCAGACAGAUGGGGAUGUAGUCACUACGAAGCAGUACACCGUCCUCUGCUACCGCGUGCGUCUGCACCGCAAUCCCAGCUUCUACAUCUUCAUCCUCGUUGUGCCCUGCAUCCUUCUCUCCUCCCUCACAAUCGUUGUCUUUUGGCUUCCACCCGAAUCUCCGGCCAAAAUGAUGCUAGGAAUGAACAUAUUCGUCACAUUUUUCCUACUUCUCCUUGUGUUGGCCGGUCAGACGCCGAAUGCUGUCAAGGAAUUCCCGCUGAUAGGUGCCUACUUCUGUCUCAACAUGAUUAUGAUUACACUAUCGACGUUUCUUGCCACACUCGUCAUUCACUUUCACUACCGAGGUGCUCGCAAUGGUCCACUUCCAGCCAUUCUUCAUCGCAUAGUAAUCGAGGGAAUGGGUCGCCUUAUGAUGGUGCGGCAGAGCAUUCCGCUGCCGGAAGAGAAAAAGACACUAAGUCACGUAGUGACACGCACGGGGGCGGGUGGCUUGAGCGGACGCAGCUCUCGACGCCGCAAGGUCCGCGUGCCUGAGCUACCCUCUAACAAGUUCCUCGAGGACGAUGACGAUGAUGACGACCACAUUAUCAACACCAACACCACAACUAACAACGAGUCGCCACGGUGUCCGCCCUUCGGGCCAACAACAAACUGCAUAGAUGGAGGAGGAGGUUGGAAAAACCAAAUGUCCGGAGCUGGUAAUCGGGCCGCUUACAGUGUCUCAGGGGCGCAUGCAACCUGUCCAGGCUGCAUGGGGCUGGGCGAUUCAGUGGAAGACCUCUCACGGCGCAGCGGAGGCACAUCCGGCCCGCUUGAUUGGCAAGCCUCGGCGACAGAGCCACUGCGAGGGGAGCCAGCGGCAAACUUGGACUCCGAGGACUCACCAAUAAUGCUGAGCUCGAGCACCAGUCUAGAGCGCGACGUGCGCGAGUUGAAGCACUACGUUCGAAUGUUCGUUACUCGACAGAAGGAGGGCGCGCGCAAGAACGCCAUCGCGAUGGAAUGGCGCACCAUGGCACUGGUGCUUGACCGUCUCUUCUUCUUUGUCUACAUCGCCACUAUCGGUAUCACUGUGGUCACCUCCCUGCCCCGCUCCAAACGCCUCGAAGGCUCCAACUAA